GCGAGACGCUGCCAGAGCGACGCCGGAAGUAUCGCGAUUUAAUCCUCAACACAAAAAGAACCACUGUUGCAUGGGCGGCGGUUGUAACUUCCGCUCUUACAACCAUUUUAUUUUGAAACGUGUAACCGGGGCUCUCGGUUUUUAUUCGCGUUGGUUUGUCAUUGCUGCGAGCGAGCAGGCGGAGAGGAACUGCAUCUAAAAACCGACUUGGAAAAACUACUUAGCGAGCUCCUAGUCUCGGCCUUGAGAGGGCACCAGCAUGAGUCAGGAGUCUGACAGAGACUCUGCUCAGGAUGCGUCUGACUUUAACUGGGAUGAAUACCUGGAGGAGAAUGGAGCCGUGUCCGUGCCCCAUCAGGCCUUCAAACAUGUGGACCAGGGCCUACAGACAGGACUGACUCCAGGCAUGAAGCUGGAGGUGUGUGUGCGCUCAGAGGCUGGCAGUCCAUACUGGGUAGCCAACAUCAUCACCACAUGUGGCCAGCUGCUGCUGCUACGCUAUGAGGGAUACCAGGAUGACCGGCGUGCCGACUUCUGGUGUGACCUAAUGACGGCAGACCUCCACCCGCUGGGCUGGAGCCGCCAGCAUGGGAAGACAAUGAGGGCCCCCGAGGGUGUGCGUGAGAAGCACCAGGACUGGGAGGCUCUGUUGGAAAAGGCCCUGGCUGAGGAGUGCAGCGCGCCCGCCAACCUGCUGGAAUUGCCCCAGCGUGGCAGAGACCCAGUGGAGCUCCUGUGUGCAGGCUGCUACGUGGAGCUCCAGGACAGCGUUGACCUGGGGCUUGCCUGGGCUGCUGAGGUAGAGGAGAACGUCGGAGGAAGGCUGAAGCUGCGCCUGGUAGGCACCGAGGGCCUCCCAGACACGCCCGCAACCCUUUGGCUCUUUUACCUCCACCCACGCCUCCACCCACCCGGCUGGGCCAAAGAGCACGGCUGCACCCUCAGGCCUCCAUUGGACCUGUUGGCCCUGCGGACAGAGGGAGAGUGGGAGGAGGUGAGACAGAGGAUCAGUGACCUGCCCCAGGAUGAAGCUCUGACUGCAGAGUUCAGUAAGGAUCAGCCUGCCAUUGCUGCUCAUUGUUUCAAGGAAGGAAUGAAACUGGAGGCUGUUGAGCCUGGUGCUCCUAUUUCCAUCAGGCCUGCCACUGUCACCAAGGUGUUCAACGAGCAGUACUUCCUUGUGAAGAUGGACGACCUUUGUGGUAUUGAGGAGGGUGCUGGGAGGUCCUUUCUGUGUCACAGAGACAGUCCAGGAAUCUUCCCUACUCAGUGGAGCCUCAAAAAUGGACUCUCUCUCAGCCCCCCACCAGGAUACCAGGGUCCAGACUUUGACUGGGCGGAUUACCUGAAACAGUGCGAGGCUGAGGCAGCUCCUCAACAUUGCUUCCCAACUGAGCAGUGUGACCACAGCUUCAAAGAGGCCAUGAAACUGGAGGCUGUUAACCUGCUGUCACCUGAGAACAUUCACGUGGCAACUGUCACCAGGGUCAAAGGGCAAUACAUUUGGCUCAGCCUGGAAGAUGGAGAACCUAAAAGACUGAAGCAGCCCAUGCCAGAGCUGAUAGUUCAUGUGGACUCCCUCGACAUCUUCCCUGUCAGCUGGUGUGAGACAAACGGCUAUCCACUCGUCUACCCCAUCAAACCCUCAGUUGAAAAGGAGAGGAAGAUUGCUGUGGUGCAGCCUGAGAAACACCGAAUUCCACCUAAGUCAUCGUCACCUGACACUGUCAAGCAGCAGAUGGCCAACCAGUCAGAGACAGGGCAAGGGAAUGGGAAAUACUGCUGUCCCAAGAUCUACUUCAACCACCGCUGUUUCUCUGGGCCUUACCUUAACAAAGGACGCAUUGCAGAGCUUCCUCAGUUCAUUGGCCCUGGAAACUGUGUCCUCGUGCUCAAAGAGGUAUUGACUUUGCUAAUCAACUCGGCAUACAAGCCCAGUCGUGUGCUGAGAGAGCUGCAGCUGGACCAGGAGAGCCGCUGGCAAGGCCAUGGAGAGACGCUCAAAGCCAAGUACAAGGGAAAGAGUUACCGGGCCACUGUGGAAAUAGUCCGCACUGCAGACCGUGUGGCAGACUUCUGCAGGAAAACCUGCAUCAAGCUAGAGUGCUGCCCGAACCUGUUUGGACCUCGCAUGGUUCUGGAGCGCUGCUCCGAGAACUGCUCCGUCCUCACAAAGACCAAAUACACAUAUUACUAUGGAAAGAAGAAGAGUAAACGUGUUGGCCGUCCACCCGGGGGCCACUCCAACCUGGAAGGUGGAGUGAAGAGAAGAGGGAGGAGGAGGAAGAGAAGGAAACAGCUGUUUGUACAUAAGAAGAGACGCUCCUCAGCCUCAGUGGACAACACCCCUGCUGGGUCUCCACAGGGCAGUGGAGAGGAAGAAGAUCUGGAUGAAGAUGACUCCCUGAGUGACUCUGGGUCUGAGCUGCAGGAAGAUCUCCAGGAUGAUUCUGAACAAUCGAUUGGGAAGUCUCAGCCCACCACGCCGUCCCCCUCCCCACCAGCAACACCCAGGCCCACACGCCGGCGCCGGAAACCCCACUCACCCUCAUUCUCUGAUGAUGAGAACCGCCCUCCUUCACCAAAGACGUCAAAGGUUGAGCCUCCUCCGAAGCUGUGUUUGGACACCAGUCCGCUAGAGUGGAGCGUUACUGAUGUGGUUCGCUUCAUCAAGACCACUGACUGUGCACCUCUUGCACGGAUUUUCUUGGAUCAGGAGAUUGAUGGACAGGCACUGCUGCUGCUGAACCUCCCAACAGUGCAGGAGUGCAUGGACCUGAAGCUGGGACCGGCCAUCAAGCUGUGUCACCACAUUGAGAGGGUCAAGCUGGCAUUUUAUCAGCAGUUUGCUACGUAGCUGACGGGGAAUGAACAUGGACAUGACUACAUACUGUUCUGUGUAUUAAUUCUGUGAAAAACACUCUUUAUUUCCCAAUUUUGACUUUUCCAGCACUGGACAUCCUUUAGAAUCCUGCAUAUACCACGUUGUGUUAAGACAAAACCGUGGACAUGAAUCAUGUGAACGAAGAAACGCAGGUGCUCUUUAGGAAAGACACACACACUUCUUAACGUAUGUGUCUUCAGAAUGUCUCAGAUUCUUCUCUUUUAUUUCCUCUGCUACAACUCCAUUGGUCUGUUGUUUUCAUUCAUGAUUUCCAGCCUCCCCUGCUGUCUCUUAAAGGGAAUACCACUGAAUCACAGCUUUUACUUGUCAUACACAGCCCUAGAAUAUUUGGUAUCUGCUCGUCAACAUUUGCUAUUAACUGGUGGAGUCAGAAAUUAGGUGGUCUUGCCUCGAAUGUGGUGAUUUCACACUGAAGUCUAAUUACAUUGAAAAGAUGUUCAAAAAUGUUGGUCCAAAUAAGGCUAAAUGCAGUAUGUAUAUCGGCCCACUUACAUUGAAGCAUUUAAAAACACUGUUUUUUCGACAAAAUCCAUUUCACUGCAAUAGCGUCAAGCUGCAACUUGGAGCCUUCGUGUUAUGCUUUCUAGUUUUUAGAGACUCACUUAUAAAAUAACUGUUUGCAUACAGAUAAAACUACAAGUUGCAUCGAAUGAAUACAGUUUGCAAGUUUUUUGAAAGCCAGAGGUAAUAUUAAACUAGAUAUACUGAUAGAUUCAAAAGAACAGUCAGUGUGUUGUUACAAGGUAAGGAAUUUGAUUUUAAUGUGAACACCGGACAUGUAUACUGUACUGUAUUACUUUGCAAAUGUUACCCAGCUGAGUUAAGAUACAAUCUGCUCAACAACAAAUGUAAAGGGGACCUUCAUCUCAAGAGAUCAAAUUGCUUUUUGGUUCAAGCUUCUACAGUACGUAAGAGCAGUUUACAUUGUAAGGACUCUAAUGCAAGCACAAGCAAAACCAUGUACUGUAUGGUGGUAUGCAAAUAUGAUAGUGCAUGUUUGUAUAUAGUGUAUAUAAUAUAUUCUAGUGCAACAGGGUGAUUAGAAAGAAAAACAUAUUGAGCAAUUCACUUUUUGCGUAAGCAAUGUAUAAAUCCCCUAAAUAUACAGUGUAUUUGCACAGAAUACGCCUACAUUUUCUCAUAUGGGGUAUAUGGUUAAAACAGUUGAUUAUUUGAGCCAUUUCAUAUCAUUGAAUAGUCAUUAACAGUUACCUUAAUGAUACAUGGCAGUUUUAAAGUGGGAAGAUAUUCUCAAAAUGCUUUUGUAAAUCGUUUUUCCUCUUUUUACCAAUUAUAGUGUGAUUAACUGUAAUGUGCUUUCUUUUUGUGUGAGAAAAACCUCCGUAGGUUCUUGGUUUACCAAUUUGCUUGUAGUUUCAGCUGUACUCAAAUCAAUGGAGCAGCUUUUUACUAACAUUUGAAGAUUAUAACUGCUAUUUAAAGAGAAGACUGCAAUUAAAAACAAUGAACGAC